AUUUCCUCACUUGCAUUGCAUGCCUCCUUAAUAUCUUCUUCUUUACUCUCUUUCCGAUUUCCACAAACACACAAAUUUUCUUCAUUCUUCAAAACUUCAACAACAAUGAGAGUUUCACCACAAAAUUCAGAAACCGAGAGCACCUCAAAUUCAUCACCAUCAACAACAAACUCAAUCCAAGACCAAGGCUCCAACAGUAACAACCUUAAACGCAACCGUGACUCCAACAAACACCCCGUCUACCGGGGCGUUCGCAUGAGAAACUGGGGAAAGUGGGUGUCCGAAAUCCGCGAGCCUCGCAAGAAAUCGCGGAUUUGGCUCGGCACUUUCCCCACAGCCGAAAUGGCCGCCAGAGCCCACGACGCUGCAGCUCUCUGCGUUAAAGGAAAAUCCGCCAUUCUCAAUUUUCCUCACCUCGCAGAUUCUCUUCCCAAACCAGCUUCUUUAGCCCCGCGCGACGUUCAGGCCGCGGCGGCUAAAGCAGCCCAAAUGACCAAUAAUUUGGAACCACAAUCGUCAUCUUCUUCACUCUCAUCACCGUUGUCGUCUUCGUUGACGACAACGAUGUCGUCAUCGUCGUCGACAAGUCUGCUCGCAGACUUGUCGACGACAUCUGACGAACUCAGUGAAAUAAUCGAACUGCCUACUUUGGAAAACAAUUAUGAUAAUGUUGGGAAAGAGGAGUUUCUCUUGGACUAUACAUGGAUGUAUCAACAACCAAUAACAUGGCUACAAACACCACAAGAAAACGGUUGUUCUGGUGGUGGUGGCGAAUACGAUGAUGGAUUUGGUAACAAUAAUGGUGUUGUAACUAAUUUCGAGAGUUUUCUCUGGAAUUACUAGGUUAUUUGUUUUCUUCCUUUUCUUUCUCUUUCUUUGUUCUUGUCUUUUUUUGUGAAUGCUUUUGUUUUUGUUUUUAUUUUGUUUUAUCUUCUUUGAUUGAUUGAUAUAUAAUUAUAGUUAUAUCUAUAAUUAUUAAUGCCAUCUUCUUCUUCACUUUUUAGAUUCUAGUCCCUUUGUGAUUUUUUUUAUAAGGGGCCAUGGCAUGAUUUUCUGUUUCUUUUAUAUUUUAUUAAUCUACUCUGUUUUUUUAUGUGUAUUAAUUUAAUAUCCUUCUUUGGUCUGGUUGUAAAUGUUUAUUGAAAUGUGGAAAAAGUAAUAAAUUUUCCCUGUUUUGGCACAAACUAUUGAGUCAAUGUGUCCUUCUGCAUAAAUUAUUGAUAAAAAGUUUCCCUAUU